AUGAUUAAAGAGAAAAAAUCAAGUCAAAUGAAACUUACCUGUAAGGGGUCUGUGUAAAGGCCGAGAAGCAAGAUAAGAAAGAAUUGAAAAGAAAAAAACUUACACUUUAAGUCUCAUCCCCAAAUCCUGUAGAAAUGUACAAUAGGAUUUGCGGAGAUACGUCUCUUUCUUCCAGUCAAUGCCAUCUCUCCUGGAAGGAGAAUUUUCUUCGAUCUCCUUUCUAGAAAAAUACCACUCAGAUUCGCCAUAAUCACUACCCUCAUGUGAGGAACCAUAGAGCCAGUUGCCUGCUGUCACAUGCCCAGUUGAUCCUUCUGGUAACGAUCCAGCCAUAUGCACUUGAACUGCCCAGUUGGUGUGCGUUGUGAAGUUUUAAACUCCACUACAACAUUGUACCAAAAUAUCAGAAGUUGCUGUCCAUAGAGAAUAUAAAAUGUCAAUAAAAGUCUACAUGCAGGACUUGCAAACAAAAUACGGACCCAUAAUAAUAACAAUAUCUGAAGAAUGAAUGGAAAAGUACUUUAGCUAUGACUAUGACAUGCUAUUUACCUAGUGGACAGGAAACAAAGAAACAGGGAUUGAACAGCAACCUAUGAGUCUACUCAAGGGGGUAAGUCACACAGGACUCACAUAGUGAGAAUAUGUUUUACCCCGCAAAUAAUUACAUCAAGGAAAACAACAAGUUCAAAUUCCAGAUAGCACGGUGGUUCAAGAAGGUGUCAAGAAUGUUACUAUAUCGCCACUCAGAAUCCCUCACCACACAAAUUCCAUUUCUUUCUGCACCAUUAUGUCCAUGCUCUCUUUGUUUCAAAAUCUAUAAAACUGAUUGAGUAACACUGCUAGAAAUGCACCGUUAACUCCUAAAGAAAAUUGGCUAUGGUUGAAAUUCUAGAACCAAAUUAUAAUCAACUUCCCUCUCCCCCAUCGUUCAUCCAUAAUAAGCAUACAAGUAUACAUUCUCAGGAGAAUCAAUUUAGAUUCAUAUCUUUAAGCACAAUGUCUACCAAUCAAUCUGUCUCAUCUUUUUCAAUGUUGUAGUCAACACAAAACGAUUCAAUUGUACAGAGAUAUAAACUCUUAA